AUGAGAGUUCUCCUGACUGGCGGAUCUGGCUUUAUCGCCGCCCACUGUGUCGACUACCUGCUUCAGCGGGGCCACUCUGUUGUUUUUACCGUGCGCUCGCUAGAAAAGGGUCAAAAGAUCUUGAGAAAUCAUCCUGGCCUACCAAAGGAUAAACUCAACUACGUAAUUGUUGGCGACAUCGCACAAGAAAAUGCCUUUGACGAGGCCGUCAAAUCAGAUCCUCCCUUUGAGGGCGUUUUGCACACGGCAUCGCCAUUCCAUUACAACGUCACCGAUCCAAAGAAAGAUCUGCUAGAUCCUGCCAUCAUUGGUACGACUGGAAUCCUCAAGGCUGUCAAAAAGUACGCGCCUACCGUCAAACGCAUAGUUAUCACGAGUUCUUUUGCAGCGAUUAUAAACCCAUCGUCGCACGAAAAGAUCUACAGCGAGAAGAACUGGAACCCGAUUACGGAAGAAGAAGCCAUUCAGAACCCAGCGAACGCAUACCGCGCGUCAAAGACCUUCGCUGAGCGGGCGGCAUGGGAGUUUGUCGAAAAGGAAAAGCCCAACUUUGACAUUGCCACCAUCAAUCCACCACUCGUCCUUGGCCCCGUUGUGCACUAUCUCAAUUCUCUCGAUACGAUCAACACUUCCAACGAACGAGUCAGAAACAUGAUCCAAGGCCGGACCAAGGAUACCGGUCUUGCUCCUUCAGGCGUCUUUAUUUGGGUCGACGUUAGGGACGUCGCGCUCGCUCACGUCAAAGCCUUGGAAGUUCCCGAAGCAGGUGGCAAACGAUUUCUGACAACAGCAGGCCACUACUCCAACGCCGACAUUGCGCAGAUUAUCAAGCAGCGCUUCCCGGAUCUGGCUGAUAAGCUACCCGACAAGAUCGAGAGUGACAGGCCACAAGACUGCUAUCAGUAUGACAACUCGAGAAGCAAGGAGGUGCUGGGCCUGAAGUACCGGAGCCUGGAGGAAAGUGUUGUGGAUACCGUCAAGUCUUUACUCGCAGUUGGUGCUUAA